UUAACCAUACAUUUUCUGGGCCGCCUUUUCGCCAAUUUUCUGGAGCCAAAACACAGUUAUUAUCAAAUAAAGUUUUUCUAAAAUUUUUGUUACAGAUUUUUACUAUAAUUUUUUAGUAAAAACUCCCGUCCGAUAUUUAGUUUUGUAUUUGGCAGUUAGCUUAGUCGUUCGAGUAUACUUCAAGAAAACAACUGUGGUCACAUAUUAGUAAUGGCGAACCAUGAAAUUCGAGUAUCCAGCAGCAGCUCCUGUUUAGUCGACGACGUCAAACAAAGAAGUGCAAUGCAAGACGAAUCUUUCAGGAAGUUGCGUGAAACGUUUACUAUCCAGGGUAAAAUUGGUGCAGGAACAUUUAGCAAGGUGUACUUGGCCUACGCAAGAGGUGAUCCUGAAAAAAAGCAAUACGCCAUCAAGCAUGUAAAACAAACAACACAUCCUGAGAAAUUACGUCGGGAAUUAUUUUGCUUACUGAGAAUCGGUGGUCAAGAAAAUGUUAUGGGAUUGAUAACAUCGUUACGAAUUGGUAGUUCGGUUUGUUUAGUCAUGCCUUACUUCAAGCACGAUCAUCCUUUGUCUUAUCUUUGUUCAAUGGAUGUUGACGAGCUGAGGUUGUAUAUAAAAAACUUGUUGAUUGCUCUUCGAAGAAUUCAUUCAUUUAAUAUUAUUCACCGAGAUGUUAAACCCAGUAAUUUUUUAUAUAAUCGUGUUAGUUCAACUUUUAUGCUCACCGAUUUUGGGCUUGCACACCCAAUAAUAAAUCCUAGUAAACGGAAACCAAUUAAAAGUUUAUCUGAUGAUAAAACUACUGUACCCACACAUAAACAAAGGAGUUUAAGUUGUGAAUUUAAGGACGAUCGUAAACGUUCUAGUUCAGUAGAAUCUAUUCGAUUGAAUCCAUGUCAAAAACGUAUUCUACAAAAUAUUGCUGACGGUAGUAACUCAAUGUCAAAUGGAUGUAAUCUGAGAAAAAGAACAAAGUUAAUGAUGCCCAAAAAACCGUUGCUAAAAGAAAAUUCCCCUGUUAAAAAACAAUUUAAUGUUCCUAGGACAAUCGUUCCUAGUAACUCGAGCGCCAUAAAUAGUUUAUUCACUGACAACAAUAAUUUUGCUGUUCCUAAAGUGCCACGCAUUACUUGUAAUUGUGUAGGACAACUUAAGGUUUGCAAUGUGUGCAUUAAUAGACCUGAAAUGCGAGCACCUCGGGCGGGAACGCCUGGUUUUAGAGCUCCUGAAGUAUUGUUAAAAUAUAAAUACCAAAAUACAGCACUUGAUAUUUGGUCUGUUGGAGUCAUUAUGUUAGAAGCAAUGAGCCGUUGUUAUCCAUUUUUUAGUGCAGAAAAUGACUCUACUUGUUUGGCAGAAAUGAUAACUGUUUUUGGAGAUAGGGCCAUUAAAAACGUGGCUAAAAUGCUAGGUCGAAGUGUUAUUUGUGAAGUCCAAAAACCACCUCUCGACUUGAGAGCGAUUUGUCGCCUUCUUUCUCAUAGAUCUCGUGUACAGUCUAUUAACCCGGCGGCAGUUUCCUCUAGUGAUGGUUUGGAAGCUUGCACUUUUUGUUUAAAACCAAUACAGUUGUCCGGCUGUGAAGUGUUUUCAGAUAGUUGCAGCUGUUACUUAAACGCUGCUGAUGAUUUUCCUUAUCCAGCAUACGAUCUCUUGAAAAAAUUGUUGUGCUUAAAUCCCGUAGCCCGAAUAACAGCGGAUACUGCUUUAAAACAUCCAUUUUUUAAAAUGGAUGCUAAGAAAAUAUAAUUUACUUAUUUUUUAAUUGGCCUUAAAUCCAUAUACUUUCCUUUACACUCAUCAUUUUUUCUGUUCAAUCUGUUACUUGAAUAUUUUUCGCCAUAUGUUGUGCCUCGUUGUUUUGCAUUGCAUAAUUAUAACUUCCUUCGGUUUACUUAUUGAAAUUCAUAUUUAUUUUUUAAUUUAAUUAAUCUGUAAAAAAAAGUUUGAAUGAAAAACAUUUCUAUUAGCUAUAUUAUGUAGCAAUAAUACUAAUCAACGUACUUUUUUUGGCAUAACUUGUUUUUUUUUUGAUUUGACAGAAUAAAAAAAAAUUUUGUAAUAAAUUUGUGUAAUUGUAUUAAUUAUUUGUAAAUUAACUGUAUUAAUUAUACAUUUUGUAUUUAAGUCAAUAUAUAUUAAUAACUUAUUAUUAAAAAGUAUUAAGUUUUUUUUUUAUACUUUUUUAGUUUUAAUGAGUUUACUACCUAGUCAAACUAUUAGUUUCAUGAUUAGAUAUCACAAUGUUAUAUAACAAUUUCUUUUUGUACUGUACUUUUGAAUACAUAAAUACUGUUAUGUUUAACCUAGUUAUACCAAAAAAUGAUAAUGAAAUUAGUUAAUUAAGAUUACCUAAAAACAUUUUUUGGAGUUUUAUUGUAUUAUUAAAUUAAUUGACAGAUAGGAUAUAAAACUAAUAUUUUUUGUAUUAUUUUUUACACUUUUUACUAGUUAAUUAUAAUAUAAAUUGAUGUAAAUGAAUAUUAAAAAUUUAGACAUAAUUUUUUUUGAUAUUGAAUAUUUGAAUGUCAUUAAUUAUACAUGUACAACUUUGAACUUAAAAUGUUGGAAGUAAUUCUUUAGCCAUUUUUUUUUUGUUACUUCAGCUGUUUUAUUACUUAAAAUAUUUUUUUUAUGCCGACUGUUCUUUGAAAUUGAACAUGGAAAUACUUAGCUUGUACAUGCUAUAAUUAUUGAAAAUCUAAGUUAAAUUCAACUCGAAUGUUAAAAACGAAGUAACUUAAUGUUUUUUUUAUUAAUGCUAAAUGUAUCGGGAAAUUUUUAUAAAACGGAUACAUUUGGUUAUGUUUUUUUAUAUACUGUAUUAUUACUAAUUUCCUCUUGUACUUAAUGGAUACAAUACCUCACAGGCCUGUAAAUUAUGGUAACUAUUGUGUGCGAAAUGAAACUAAGAUAAGGGUUAAAUCAAAAGACUGUCCAAUUUAAGUUAAGUGUAAUUUCUUAUGCUGUAUAGUGGUGUGGUUAUUUUUAUUGUGUCGUCAUAAUUUAUUUGUUAGUAAUAGGUAAGAAAUGUUAAAACGUAUUUAUUCCCUAUCGUUUCCAGUGUUAUGUAUUUAUACAUUUUUGUUUGUAGUCAAAAAAAUAAUAUACAUUGUCCAUUUAGUAAUUUAUUUAAUUGUUGAAAUCCAUUAUCACUUAGUAAAAUUAUUACAGCUCUGA